UUCUUCUGUCUGAACACACUAAUCAUAGACCGAACCAGUGAUGGAUCCUGUUAAAUGGCUUAUCAGCGUACUGCUUCUUUUGUUUCUUUCGCAUCUCUCCAUUUCUACCGACACCAUAACACUAGAUCACUUCAUCAAAGAUAAUCAAGUCAUAGUUUCUAGUGGCAAGAUUUUCGCUCUAGGAUUUUUCAGCCCUGGCAGUUCAAGGAAUCGAUAUAUUGGCAUCUGGUAUCAUCAUAUUCCAGAGAAAACAGUUGUUUGGGUGGCCAACAGGGAGAGUCCCAUUAAAGAUAACUCAGGGAUCCUCAGAAUCGAUAGCCAAGGAAAUCUUGCCCUGUUCCAGAGAAACCAAACACUUCCUGUCUGGUCUACAAACGUGUCCAUCACAGGCACUAGGAAUUCCAUUGCUCAAAUUUUGGAUUCGGGAAACCUUGUUUUGCUUCAAAAUGAUACCAGAAGGGCGGUACUGUGGGAGAGUUUUGAUUAUCCUACAAACAGUAUGCUUCCGUUUAUGAAACUUGGGUUGAGUUUCAGAACAGGUGUGGAACGAGUCUUGACGUCUUGGAAGUCUCCCGAUGAUCCUGGGAUUGGAAACUAUUCCUACCGGAUCAACCCGAGCGGCUUCCCUCAACUGUAUUUGUACAAGGGUUCCGAUCCUUGGUGGCGAACCGGGUCAUGGACCGGGCAAAGAUGGAGUGGUGUACCUGAAAUGACAAGCAACUACAUAUUUAAUGUUUCUUUUGUCAACACUCCGGAUGAAGUAUCGAUCACCUAUGGGGUGAAGAAGGCCUCUUUCAUCACAAGAAUGAUAACGAACGAAACAGGGAUUCAACAAAGGUUCACAUGGAACAACCAAGCGCGACAUUGGAUUGGGUUCUGGUCGGCCCCUAAGGAUCAGUGUGAUUUUUACGGGCAUUGUGGGCCGAAUGGUUAUUGCAACCCCGAUCACCUGGAUGAUUUCGAGUGCACGUGCUUCCCAGGCUUUAAACCCAAGUCAUCCGAAGCAUGGUUUAUAAGAGACGGGGCAGGAGGAUGCGUGAGGAAACCUGGUAUCUCCACGUGCCAAAAAGGGGAAGGGUUCGUCAAGGUGCCACGUCUGAAGGUGCCAGACACUUCGGCGGCACAUAUAGACAUGAGUAUGGGAUUGAAACAAUGCGAGAACGAGUGCUUGAGAAAUUGUUCGUGCGUGGCUUAUGCUAGUGCAUACGCGGAGAUCAACGGAGGGAUUGGCUGCUUGACAUGGCACGGGGAUUUGAUUGAUGCUAGAACAUACGCAGAUGCGGGACAAGAUCUAUACAUACGUGUGGAUGCCAGUGAACUAGCUCGGUUUACAAAGAAGGGCCUCUUUCGAAAGAAGGUGGUGCUUGCAGUUACCAUAGUUUCUGCUGCUGUAUUGUUUCUUAUUCUUGUCCCCUUGUUGCGUUGCUUCGUGAGAAGACUCAGAAGAGCAGAAAGAAAAAGAAAAAGGAAAAAUGCGUUCAGGUUUACAAGUUCAUCGUUGUUCGAAGAUUCAGUAGGUGAAAAGGACAUCGAUAAGAGUAGAAGAAAUGGAGAUUUACCCUUCUUUGAUUUCAGCACCAUAGCAAAAGCCACCAAUAAUUUCUCAUCUGAUAACAAACUUGGACAAGGUGGCUUUGGUGCUGUUUACAAGGGUGUGCUCAUCAAUGGAAAUGAAAUAGCAGUGAAAAGAUUAUCAAAGUACUCAGGUCAGGGAGUAGAAGAGUUUAAGAAUGAAAUUGUGCUAAUUGCAAAGCUUCAGCAUAGGAAUCUGGUAAAGAUGCUGGGAUGUUGCAUUCAGGGUGAAGAGAAGAUGUUAAUCUAUGAAUUUUUACCAAAUAAAAGCUUAGACUCUAUCGUUUUCGAUGAAUCAAAAAGUUCAACGUUGGAUUGGAAAAAGCGUAUAGAAAUAAUAUGUGGGAUUGCUCGCGGGAUCUUGUAUCUCCACCAGGAUUCAAGGUUAAGAAUCAUUCAUAGAGAUCUGAAGGCAAGCAAUGUGUUACUAGAUGCUGCAAUGAAUCCGAAAAUUUCAGAUUUUGGCAUGGCCAGAAUAUUUGGAAGAGAUGAGAUUGAAGGAGAUACUAAACGUGUUGUUGGAACAUAUGGUUACAUGUCACCGGAGUAUGCAAUGCAUGGGCACUUCUCCAUAAAAUCCGAUGUUUAUAGCUUUGGAGUCCUGCUGUUAGAGAUUAUCACCGGAAAAAAGAACAGCAGCUAUUUUCCUGAUAGUCCCUCUUCAAGUCUGGUUGGAUAUGUUUGGGAGUUAUGGAAAGAAGGCAGAGCCAUUGAAAUAAUUGACUCGGUAUUCGGUGAUUCGUAUAGUGCCAAUGAAUUUUUGAAAUGCAUUCAGAUCGGGCUAUUGUGUGUACAAGAACAUGCAACAGAUCGACCUAUGAUGUCUACAGUUGUGUUUAUGUUGAGCAACGAAACAGCUCUUCCAUCUCCAAAACAACCUGCAUUUACAGUAAAGACAAGUCACAAAGGCGACGAUAUAUUGAAUAGUGAAGGAACUGAAUCUAUAAAUGAUGUGACCCUCUCUAUGGUUCAAGCUCGCUAGAACUUUAGCCAUCUCUGUUUUUUUUUUAAUUAUCGAACUUUGUUUAAAGUUAAUAUAACUUGUUUUGGCUAUCGAUGUAUACUAUUGGAAAUUACAUAUGUAAUUAUCUCGUAGUAAAGUUAUUGUCCUCUACAGAAAAGAACAUUUAAAGUAGACAACUAAAAGCAAGGAAAACUAUCAUUUGCAAGAA